AUGGAAAAACGUAGUUUAAAGUCUCUAACUGUCGGUGAUAAAAUAAAUAUUAUUGAAGAAGUAAAAAAAGGAGUGAAACUCAAAAAAGAUAUCGCUACAGUUGAUGAAGCCCCCUGCUUACCACGCCGGAAAAGAUUUAAAGCAUCAAGUUUCCCAGAAAUUGAGCAUGCUAUGACGGAAUGGAUAAAGCGAGUAAGAGAUUAUAAUUUACCCAUAUCAGGACCGUUAAUUCAAGAAAAAGCAGCAGAGUUCGCAAAAAAUGUAGGCCUCACAUUUCAAGCUAUUUCGGGUUGGCUGGAAAAAUGUAAAUUGAGGAACGGAAUAGUAGAAAAAAUCAUAUCAGGUGACAGUGCCACGGUGUCUGAAGUUGACUGUGAACAUUACCGAACAAACAUACUACCAAGUUUGUUAAAAGAAUACGACUCCAAAGACAUUUUCAACGCAGAUGAAUUCGGUCUCUUUUUCAAGUGUACACCUGACAGAACUUUGACAUUCAAAGGAGAUACUUGUCACGGAGGAAAAAAGAGUAAAGAACGUGUAACAGUCAUGGUAGGUGCUAAUAUGACUGGAACAGAAAAAUUAAAACUACUCGUGAUUGGAAAGUCAAAACAACCAAGGUGCUUCAAGAAAAAGAACGUGCAAUCGUUACCGGUCACAUACGCGUAUAACAAAAAAGCUUGGAUGUUAUCCACCAUUUAUGAAUCUUGGAUAUUCGACUUAGAUAAAAGAUUUUUCAACGAUAAAAAAAAAGUGUUUCUCUUUGUCGAUAAUUGCCCUGCACAUCCAAAAACACUUUUGCAUGAACUAAAAGCAAUACGGGUAGUAUUUCUGCCACCAAGCAUGACAUCUAAGUUACAGCCAAUGGAUCAAGGAAUCAUAAAAAACAUAAAGCAUCAUUAUCGAAGAAAAUCAAUUGAAUUACUGCAUAAAUCCUGGGGAGCAGUCACACAGUCCACGAUUGUAAAUUGUUUCCACAAAGCUGGCUUUACAAACGAAAUCGAAGAAGUCGAACCAGUCGAAGAAGAAACCCCAAUUGAGUGGGAUCGAUACCAGCAGCUUUUUCCUGAGACUAAUACAGUUGAAUUCCAACAUUUUGUUGAGGUGGACUCUAGUGUUAUAACAACAUACUAUCCUACUGAUAAUGAAAUACUGAACGAUUUGAAAUUCCAAGAAAUGCCUAACGAGUCAAGUGGGGAGGAGUCAGUUAUUGAAGACGAUGGCGAAUUGGCUUUACCUAAAACUACUCUUGCCCAGGCAUUAGAUAGUUUACAGGUUGUACGUAAGUACAUUCAAAAACAACAAGAAAUUGGAGACGAGAUGUUUUCCGCGCUAAACGUUAUUGAAAACUUUACAGAUAGGUUAAACAUUAAGAAACAAUCAAAAAUAUCUGAUUUCUUUAAAAAAUAG